CCUGUCAAUGCAUUUACUUGUCAAAUUCGGAACAAAGAAAAUAGUUGAUAAACCUGUUUUUUUUUAAGAAAAAAAAAAAAGAAAAAAAGAAAAAUUUUUUCAUUUUUUUUUUUCUGCACAAUAUUUUCUAUUAUUCAAUAUGUCAAGUACUCCAAGCCCUAACAAUAGUGUGCAUUCUAAUAGAAGGUCGAACCCAUGUAUUAAUUGGAUUGAAGAAGCCAUUGCCAAAAGACAUAUUAAGUAUUAUGAAUAUAAAAAUUUUAAUAAUAUCAAAGAAAUUAGUACGGGUACAUACGGAAAAAUUUAUCGAGCAAAUUGGAAAAAUUCAAAUAAAUAUUUAUCGUUAAAAUCAUAUUUUGUACGAGAUAACUCCACAAUUAAAGAAAUUAUUCAUGAGGUUAAACUUCAACGCGAAGUGGAUUUUCAUAAUAAUGUUAUACGCUUUUAUGGAAUAACUGUUUUAGAUCAAGAUAACGAAGAUGAACAAUUACAAAAAUAUUGGGUAGUAAUGGAAUAUGCGGACGGCGGAACACUUCAACAAUAUCUAAAGAGAAAGUUUUAUGAACUUACUUGGAAUGACAAAUUCAGCCUAGCAUAUCAAUUGGCUAGUGCUGUUUCAUAUCUGCAUGAAGAGGGAAUUGUGCAUCGAGAUUUGAAUUCUACUAGUAUAAUGGUUCAUCAGAAUACAAUUAAAUUGGCUGAUUUUGGAGUAUCAAAAAGAAUUAAAGAAGCAUCUAAACGACAAAUAAAUUUCGGUUCUUUUCCUUACAUUGAUCCAAAAUUAUUUAGUAAUCAAAUAAAUAAAAAUAAUCCCACAAAAAUAUAUACAUUAAAUGAAAGAAGUGACGUAUAUAGCGUCGGGGUUCUCUUAUGGGAAAUAUCAAGUGGAAUACCUCCCUAUGACGGAAUAGAUGAUGAUAAUUUACAUUGGAAAAUUUUUCAAGGAUUAAGAGAAAAUCCUGUUCCAGAUACGCCUAUUAGUUAUAUCGAUCUUUAUAAUGAUUGUUGGGAUGGUGAACCGGAAAAUCGUCCGACUAUGAAUCAAGUGGUUUCAAGAUUAAAUAAUAUUAUCGUGGAAUCAUACAAAACAAUAAAUAAUUAUCAGACUGAUGACUUUAUUAUAAAUGUUCAAUUUAAACCUGAAGAUGAAUUAAGUAUCAUGGUUGAUAGAAUAGUGAACCUAAUUUUUAAGUUGACUAACGAAGGAAAGGAACCAAAAUUUAGAAAUAAAUAUAUUCUUGAUUAUAUUAACAUAUAUAAUAUAUCUUUGAAAGAACUAUAUAGUUGGUUAUUAAAUAAUCAAAAUAAUUCAACGUCCAUAUUUUUAUUAGGAUAUUUUAAUUAUACUGGUAUUGGAACAAGUGAAAAUAGAAAUAAUGCAUUUGAAUUAUUUUUUAAUGCUUCAAAACAUAAUCAUGUUUUAGCACAAUAUUAUAUUGGAUUAUGUUAUAAAUGUGGUUAUGGAACUAUAAAAAAUCAAGGAUUAGCAUUCGAAUAUUUUAAAAAAUGCGCGAAUAAGGAUUUUGCAGCGGGUCAAUUAAAUCUUGGUUAUUUAUAUGAACAUGGAACGGACGUUAAAGAAGAUUUAAAGAUAGCUGUUGAAUGGUAUGAAAAAGCUUCAAUUAAUGGGAAUAUAAUUGCUAGUUAUAAUCUUGGACUUUGUUAUAAGAAUGGAAUCGGUAUUAAUGCGAAUAAUAAAAAAGCCUUUGAAUUAUUUAAAAAAUCUGCAGAAGGAGAAUAUUUGAAUGGAAUAACAAUGUUAGGAUAUUUUUAUAAAAAUGGGAUUGGAACCAGUACAAAUAAACAAGAAGCAUUUCAUUUAUAUCAAAAAGCUUCAUAUUUAGGUGAUGAAACUGCUCAAUAUAAUCUUGCAUUAAUGUAUGAAAAUGGAAUUGGUAUCGUAAAAGAUAUUGAUCAGGGAAUUUAUUGGUAUAAAAAAUCAUCUGAAAAUGGUUUUCAAAAAGCUAAAGAAAGAUUAGAAGAAAUUUCAAAAUUAAGUAAUAGAAAAAAUGUGAAUAAUAAUAAUAUGAUAAUUAUAAAAAUUUUUUUAUCAUAUUUAUUUUUAUCUUUAAUUUACUGUAUUGUGCAUAUAUUUUAGAUUAGUUUAGAUGAUUACUUAUUUUUAAA